GAAAAAAAGAAAAAAGAAAAGCUGAAGCCCCAUUCCUACCUGGGGUCAGCCCACCCCAAAACCUGCAGCUAAACCAUCUCCCUCCCUCCCCAGUUACUCUUUCCUGUGCUGGUUCCCUAGGCCCACUCAUCGGGGGGGACCUGGGAGCCGUGGACAGGACCUGAGCAAUACAUGCCACAGAAGCCCGUGCUGGGCCCCUCCCCAGCAGCCUACAUGCUUGGCCUAUGUGCCCCUAGUAACUCACACAGCCCUGGGAUGCAGGUCAGGUGGGUGGAGACACCACCCCCUUUGACCAGUGAAGAAACUAAGGCCCAGCCCCGGCCACCCAUGCUGUCAGCGCAGAGCAGGGAUGAACAGCUCUGAGCUGUUCAGGUGCUUUCUGGCUCUUCCCCAGGUCCCAGCCUCAAGCUAAAGCCAGCCCUUCUCUUCCAGCAUCAGGGAGCAUCACACACCUGGACUUGUGCCUGGGCUCUGCCACCCCGCGGCCUAAUGAGGGAGCUGCCCAGCCGCCAUGCACAAACACUACAACAUUCACUUUUCCAAGGCCACCUGGACCCCUACUGAACACUACUUCUGGGACCCAGAAUUGGGACACCAAAAAGGAUGCUGUCAGCAGUGGUGUCAUGACCCAGCGGCCCCUCGAGCCCAUGGGCCCUGUCGGCUGUCCCCCCAGUCAUCCUGGCAGCUGGCCUACCACUGCCACCUGGGGGGUGGUGGCAGCUGGCGCUGGGGCCCCCAGCCCCUCAUCUCACCACAGCAGCGACAGCCCCAGCCCCCACCUCCAAGCCCCCUGCGGCAGCGGCUCUGCCCUGUUCACCACGGGCACCAGAAGGGGCUGCCCUCAACCAUUGCUGCCCCCAUGGGAACAGCCAGCGCCCCCCAGCUUCCCCCUGCACCCACUGCAGCACCCGCCAUGGCCAGCAGCAGCCCAGCCCUACCCUCUGCAGCCAGCACCCUCCUGGAGCCCAGCCAGCCCACGGAUGCCCGGCCACUGCCUGCCCCAGCAGCCUGCGGCUCCUUCACCUCCUACAGCUCUGACAUCCUGACAGAGGAUGACGUCUACUGCAGCUGCCUGGCCAAGACUCUCUGCCAUGUGCCAGUCCCCGUGACUGUGGGUUUCUACGCUCCCUUUGGCUGCCGCCUGCACAUGAUGCUGGACAAGAUCACAGGUGAGGAUGUGUGUUUGUUGAGGGAAAUGAGAAAUGGAACCUCUGCACCUCCUCAGUGCCCAGGGGACAUAGCGGUGACCAAGACAACAGGGGUCCUGCCCUCCCAGGCCGUGUACUCGGUGGGCAAGCACCUGUUCGUGAGCCAGCGCAAGAAGAUCGAGCGGCUGGUGUCGCGCGAGAAGUUCGGCAGCCAGCUGGGCUUCAUGUGCGAGGUGAAGAAGGAGGUGGAGCUGCUCACCGACUUCCUGUGCUUCUUGGAGAUCUACCAGCGGCGCCGGCUGCGCAUCGUGCUCGAGGUCACCGGGCUGGACACGUGCUACCCGGAGCGCGUGGUGGGCGUGCUCAACGCCAUCAACACCUUGCUGUCCGACAGCCACGCGCCCUUCAUCUUCAUCCUGGUGGUGGACCCCAGCAUCCUGGCCGCGUGCCUCGAGAGCGCCGGCAACAUGAAGGGCACGGCCGACAACGGCUACCUCUUCCUCAACCGCACCGUCACGCUGCCCUUCUCCGUGCCGGUCAUGGGCCGCCGCACCAAGCUGCAGUUCCUGCACGACGCCGUGCAGAGCCGCGACGACCUGCUCUACCGCGAGAUCACGCGCAAGCUGCGGCUGCCGGCGGGCGGCGGGGACGCUUGGGUGGUGCUCGCCAACCAGUGGCCGUGCCGCCUCAGCUGGGCGCUGCAGUGCCUGGAGGACCGGCAGCAGGCCGGGGGCGCGCCCGAGGGCCGCGCGCGCCUCUGGGACGUGUUCCGCGAUAACAGCCGCGAGCUGCACACCAUGACCAAGGCUUUGCAGAAUGUGCUCGACCUGGAUGGCGACCCUGAGCUCUUCGCGCGCUUUCUGGGCGCCGACUUCCCCUUCACCGUGGCGGAGGCGCAGAGUCUGCUGCGCUGCACCGUCAACCUGGACCACUCCAUCCGCCGCCGCAUGGGCCUCCUCCGUGCCGUCAGCGCGCUCAAGCCGCCCAGUUCGCCCAAGUCCCCCGCCCGUGACGCCCCCCACGCCGCCAACGGAGCCAACAACCCCUCAGGGACCUCUCCGUCCGGCCGUGCCGCGGGGCAGGCCAGCGAUGCCCACUACACCGGGGACUGGGCCCACGGGGGCAAGCCAAAGUCGGCGGCCUGAGCGCCCACCACUCGAGGGGAAUCCAGCCCGGGCUGGCCUGGAAUGGAGGACUUCGUGGGCCGCAGGAGGCAACAGCUCCUCCAUCUGCCCACAGGAGAGCUUAGGGGGCGGGACUGGGCCCAAGGUCCAGGGUCCCGUGUCUGAAUGAGGCCUGUGGUGGCUACAUGGUCCAGGAGAAUCUGUGAGACAGAGCAGUGGGCAGUAGCCUCCAGGAGUGGGGCAGUGUGCCAGCGCCAGUGUCUGAGAGGGGUACAGAAAGGCCAGUGAGGAACUCAGGGUUCAAGUGCAAUAAAUGAAGGUGUGGAAAGCC